AUGGAAAAUCUCCUAAAUGAUAUUACUUUGUACGUGUCUGAAAUGCAAAAUAAUCUUCAGCAACAUCUUUCAAAACUGCCAGAAUCCUGUACAGAAAGUGAUGAUUCGGAAGAGGAAGUAAGAGUAUCAAAGUCUUCAGCUGAAGAUUUCAAGUUGAAGAUGAAUCGACUCUUGUUAGCAACGUUUAUUAUUUUUCCCUUUAUGGCUGUCAAUUGCACAAUUAUUGCCACUGCUGGUUAUAUUGCAUCAAGCCCCCUGGUUCGAAACUAUCUGAUAAACACAGGUCUAAGCUCCAAAAUUCGGCAAAAUGCAGAUUCGCUUUAUGACAUAAGCGGCCUUCGGCAAGCAAGUGACCAAGGUACUGACGUUAGGAAGGCAUUAAUGAAUGAUCAAGAACUCGUAGAAAUAAAGGCUCGAGCAGCGUCUCUACAAAAGCGACGAGGAGACUUUCCAAAAAAUGGGUCACGAAGCCAACAAGAGGAUCGAAACUAUUCUGAAAAAUUGUUCGGAGUGUUAAAUCAAAUGGAUAAAAAUACGUGCAUUUCACGUCUUCUCUGCGAGAUUGGUGCCAACUCCAGGUCUUAUGGGGAAAUUGGAUUAAAGAUACAUCACUACAUACAGUCCGUUCCUCCGGUGACAUGGAAUAGUGCAACGCACCCCUACGUGGAAUCUUUCCAAGCUGGUCUGAAAGAUGGGAAGUCUAUAUGCGACAAUCACUAUUUUGCUUGUCAUUAUAAUCUAAACAAAGUUAUAGAAUUUGUAUGGUACUUUAUGAAUCCUAAACAUAGAUAA